CGUCGAUCGGUCUGCGCAGCGCCGCAUAACGCAAAACACAGCUGCAGCCAGCACCACCGACAGCGCUCCGUCGCAUCUUACUGAAGUAUUAACCGGCGCGACACAUAUUAUGAAAACGUCGAGAUUCAAACAGGCACUGCUAUGUUGAAACGUGUCAGAUAUGACUGAUGUCGAGGUGACGUAUGAAGACUUCAUCGCCUCUGGAAGGGCCGGUAGACGUAAUGCUGUGCACGACAUACUUGGAACCUCAGCCGGGCUGGAUCCAAGCGGCCUCUCCCAAACUCUGUCUGAGCUCAAUGUCAGCAAAGCAGACAAAACUAAUGAUGAAGAGAAAAGCCAGAACUUGGCAGAAUCUGAACCGAAGCAGGAAGAAAGCAAAGAGGGCGCACUUCAAUGAAAGAGGAUGUGCCCUCUCUAGUGGCCGAUUUUAGAACCGACCAUACAGGGCUUGACAUUUUAGUGUCUUUCUCUCUGUAUGACUGCACUUACAGGUGAAGGCGCUGACGCAGUCACCUCAAUCCUGUAACUCACUGUCCCUUAAAAAUACACUCGAUUUGAGCGACUUGUGGGAAGGAAGUAAUUGCGUUUGAUGAGAUUGUGGAAAACUUUUGUCUUUCAUGCGUACAACGGCCAACAGGGAGAUCUAUGUUGUGUUGAAACGUUACAGAUUACCUGCCGAAAACAAAGCAGCUAAUACACACUCAAUAGCCAUUUUUUAUAAGUGCAUAAGUGUCCCGUGUUCUAUUUGUUUUUGAUAUUUUUGGUUAGACAUGAGACACAUUGAUAUUCACAUAAGUGAUGCACCGUUGUUAUUCAAUAUAAAUGCGGAUGUAAAAACACUGAAAUCGCUGAACGUCAAUGUACACGAAACUGUCUAGAAUAGUCCUGCAUGGCAUUGCUGCUGACAGAAUACUGUAUUAGUGUAUAAAUGUUCACAUUCCUCAAAGGACUAAAAGAUGAUCCAAACAUUUGCUGUGUGGUAAUGCUUUAUGAAGAACACUUUUUAUGUAUUUUAAAGAAAUUAGGUUUAAAUCGACUCCUGACUGACACUGCCUGUUAACCAUUAUGACAAACAUGUGUUCAAUAGACUGCCUUGAAAUCUUUGCAUAUUUUGUCUUCCACCUAUUAGAUCUAUGUCUUCAAUUAUAACUUAAUAUAAUAUAACAUAAUAUAAGCUAUAAUCCCAGUUGUUUUCAUUUGUAAUGUGGUACAUCAAUAUUUUAAUAAAUUCAGUCUUAGGAAAAUUA